UGCAGAGGCCACAACUCAGGAGAACAACUAGCUUCUUCUUCUUCGUCUUCUCCACAGUUCGAGAUUUUCAGUGCUUUUAGUUAAGAUAAACAUGGCCUUCGUCUCUCAGCUAACCCAGUUCCCAUGCAAGCCUCUCUCACUAACUCCACCCCAGCCCCGCUUCAUCACCAAGCCUUCAGUUUUGGCGCCAAACGCAAUUGGAAUCGCCGCACCCAAAGUAAAACUCUCGAGCCCGGAAUACCCACGAGCCGUCCGACCCGCCACCCGGAUCCGAGCCCUGGACGAGGACGACUUAGUACCGGAGGAGCCGUCCGACGUGACAGCUGGAGGUGUGGCUGUGGCAGAGAAGCCGGAUGAGCCGGAGGAGAUCUCGAAACUAAAGAAGGCUCUGGUGGACUCGUUUUACGGCACUGAUCGUGGACUCAGCGCCACCAGCGAGACAAGGGCUGAGAUUGUCGAGCUUAUUACUCAAUUGGAGGCCCAAAACCCGACUCCGGCUCCGACAGAGGCCCUGCCUCUACUCAACGGGAAAUGGAUUCUGGCGUACACAUCGUUUGCUGGUUUGUUUCCAAUAUUGUCUAGAGGUACUCUUCCUUUGGUGAAGGUUGAUGAGAUUUCGCAGACUAUAGACUCUGAGAAUUUCACAGUUGAAAACUCUGUUCAGUUUGCCGGGCCUCUGGCCACUACUUCAUUCAGCACCAAUGCCACAUUUGAUGUCCGAAGUCCCAAGCGAGUUCAGCUUAAAUUUGAAGAAGGGGUGAUUGGGACUCCACAGCUAACCGACUCCCUAGUGAUACCGGAAGAGGUUGAGUUUUUGGGACAGAAGAUAGACCUUGCACCCUUCAAGGGCGUGCUCAGCUCUGUUCAAGACACUGCUUCCUCGGUUGCAAAGUCCAUCUCCAGCCAACCCCCGUUUAAGUUCUCGAUCUCAAGCAGCCAGGCCGAAUCAUGGUUGCUAACAACAUACCUUGAUUCAGAGCUUCGGAUUUCGAGGGGAGACAAUGGCAGUGUGUUUGUGCUCAUCAAGGAAGGCAGCUCCCUUUUGACUCCUUGAACUUGGUCUAGGAAUUCUGUGUAAUGUUAAUUGAUGAUGCAUAUGUUGAGGAACAUGAGCUGUUACGUUCUAUAAAUGAAUAAAUGAUUGAAACACUAGAUUGUAUGUUUUUACACCCUUGUAU